AACCCUGAGCAACUCAUCAGUGGCAAGGAAGAUGCUGCCAACAACUUUGCCCGUGGCCACUACACCAUUGGAAAAGAGAUUGUUGAUCUUUGCUUGGAUAGGAUCCGAAAGCUUGCAGAUAACUGCACUGGUCUUCAAGGUUUCUUGGUUUUCAAUUCUGUUGGUGGCGAUACCAGAUCUGGUCUUGGAUUGCUUCUUUUGGAGCGCCUCUCUGUUGAUUAUGGCAAAAAGUCGAAGCUUGGUUUCACUGUCUAUCCCUCACCACAGGUCUCCACACCCGUUGUAGAGCCUUACAACAGCGUCCUUUCCACACAUUCCCUCCUCGAGCACACUGAUGUCGCUGUGCUUUUUCUUCAUGUUUAA